ACCAGGGUUGAACGUCGGGUAGAAAAGGAGGUGGAGGGGAAAUCCACGCCAGAGUCUAAGCAAUCAGAAUGAAAGGCGCAUGCAGCUUUCUGUGCGUCCUCCUGAUGGUCUCCACCGCCGGGGCUUCAGAGGGUGGCAUUUUUGGUGGCAGGGUGGCAAAGCCGCAUUCCAGGCCGUACAUGGCGUCCCUGCAGUUUCAGGGACAGCAUUCCUGUGGUGGGAUCCUCAUUCGAGACGACUACGUCUUGACUUCAGCGCACUGCAAAAAUGAUGUUCAGCCUAUGACAGUGGUCCUCGGAGCCCAUGACAUCUCCAAAAAAGAGAAAACCCAACAACAUUUCAAAGUACAGAAGUACAACCAACAUCCAGAUUAUAAAUGUGAACAAGCAAAUGACAUCAUGCUGAUUAAGCUGGAAACCAAAGCUAAACUCAAUAAAUACGUCAAACCCAUCGAACUGUCCAAGAAAAACGGGGACAUUCGGGCCAACAUCAAAUGUGCCGUUGCUGGUUGGGGCAAAACUGCAGUGGAUAAACCGGCUUCAAAUGUCCUGAAGGAGGCCACAGAGGAAACCCAGUUCAAAGCAGAGUGCAACAACAUUUGGAAAGAACAUUUUAAUUCUACACAAAUGAUCUGCACCAAGUUCAGCAGGAAGACGGGAGGAAUCUGCCAGGGCGAUUCUGGUGGACCACUGAUCUGCAACACCAAACCUCUGGGUCUAGCUGCUUUCACCAAGCAAGACAACUGCAAUGAUCCAAAGUUUCCGCACGUCUUCAUCAAGAUAAACUUUUAUCUUCCCUGGAUUAAGAAAAUCAUGACGGAAUAAAGAAAUGCUGAGUGAAACUCCUUCACAUGAUGAUCAAAUGUGAAACCCUGAGGUGGACUUAAGGCCUAAGAAGCCUCAGGGCUUCCUUUAAAUAAAAACUGUUGGCAUCUGUGUGCA